AUGGCGGGCUGGGGUCGGGCGUUCUUGUCGCCCGCCGCGUUGGUCGUCGUGGCGCAGCUCGUCUGGGCGCCGGACCCGUAUGGAGAAGAGUGCAGGAGUAAAACAUACCCUCCUUCAGGACCAACGUUCAAAGGGAAUGUACCCACAUAUGUCAUAAAUCUUGAUUUACCUCCCAGCAAAAGAUGGGAUAACUUGAUGCACGACAAAAAGACAGAGCUGAAGACUGUCGUCCAGAAUAUUAAAGAUAUAGCAAAUACCUUCUUCCCCAGCGGCAAAGUUGUUGACAUAGUGGAUAACAAAAUAGCUCGUCUGACCACCACGCUUCCUUAUCCUUUCAAUGAAGAACUCCAAGGCAUUGCAAAUUCAUCUGGGAUUCCUUUGGGGGAAAUUGUUAUUUUUAACAUCUUUUAUGAAAUUUUUACUGUAUGUACAUCAAUAGUGGCGGAAGAUAAAACAGGGAAGCUGUACCAUGCCAGAAACUUGGAUUUUGGACUCUUUCUCGGGUGGGAUGUUAAAAAUAAUUCCUGGACUUUAACUCGGGAACUGAAGCCUCUAGUGGUAAACUUGGACUUCCAGAGAAACAACAAAACAGUAUUCAGGUCUACAAAUUUUGCAGGAUACAUAGGCAUGGUGUCUGGAGUCAAACCAGACUUGUUCACUCUGACAAUGAAUGAGCGUUUCAGUCUUGAUGGUGGUUAUGUUGGAAUCUUCGAAUGGUUUCUUGGUAGAAGAGAUGGUAUGUGGAUGGGCUUUCUUACAAGAACAGUAUUAGAGAAUGCUACAAGUUACCAGGAUGCAAAAGACAGACUGGCAAAAACAAGACUGCUGGCUCCAGCUUACUUUAUACUGGGUGGAAAAAAUUCUGGAGAAGGAUGUGUGAUAACUCGUUCCAGGACAGCUACUCUGGAUAUCUGGGACCUUGAUAUCAAGAAAGGCACAUGGUACGUGUUAGAAACAAACUACGAUCGCUGGAAGCCUCCACUAAUCUUGGAUAACCGUAGAACGCCUGCAAUGAAAUGCCUGAACCAGACAACGCCAGAGAACAUCUCCUUACCAGCAAUUUAUGAUGUUCUCUCCACAAAGCCUGUCCUCAAUAAGCUGACUGUGUGCACAACGCUGAUGGAGGUGUAUAAUGGUCACACAGAGACCUACCUGCGGGAAUGCCCAGAUCCCUGUAGUCCUUGGUAG